AUGGCUGGACAUGGACUUCACGUUCUUUUCGACAGCAGUGAAGAUAGUCCGGAUCAUGCCGUCGCAGAGAUAGAUAUCGUGGCCGUACACGGGCUAAAUUUCAGGAACAAUCCUAACCAUGCGCGAGAUACCUGGACGGCGGGCGGCAAUCUCUGGCUACAAGAUUUCUUACCUAGCAAACUCACGAAACCAGCCCGAGUCAUGCUUUUCUCCUAUAACUCCAGCCCCGCCAUGGAUGCUGCGGCGAUCAAGCUCGACGAUCAUGCCAAGACUCUGCUUCAAUUGCUCAACAUUGAGCGGGAGAAUGCACCGCAAAGGCCCCUUGUAUUCGUCUGUCACAGCCUUGGCGGCCUAGUGGUUAAGGAGGCCCUCGUCGAAGCAAAUUUGGAUACCACGUGCAAAUGUAUCAUCGAGGCAACCAGACUCCUCGUUUUCUUUGCUACCCCUCAUCGCGGCGGAAAUUACGCCGGUAUUGGCGAAGUCGUCGCGAAGAUCUUUCGAGUUGGCUCACGAAAGCCGAAUAACAAGCUUCUCGAUGCACUCAAGAAAAACUCGGAUGACGCAACGAAGCGGUUUGAACAAUCGCGACAUCUAUACGAACACUGCCUUGUCGUGAACUUCUUUGAAGGGGAAUCAUAUGGCAAUCUAGGGAUCAUUGUCGAUAGGGCUUCCGCGACUCUUGGCCUUCCUGGAUCGCGCGAGAAGCAAGUUGCGACGCAUGCUGACCACAGUUCUAUCUGCAAGUUCGAUUCAAUUAACAGUCUUGCAUGCCGACUCGUUUUAGGGACCAUUGUGAAGGAGGUCGACCGCGCGUUAGAAAUAGAACCUAGGAAUGUUCACUGGCUUGUCCCGCGGUCCGUCAAUUCGAUGUUUACCGGCCGACGCAACCUCAUUACGAAAAUAAAAAAAGUACUCGUCUCACCCGCGCCUCGUGCUCAGAGGAGAUUCGUCUUGACCGGAAUGGGCGGCCAGGGCAAGAGUGAAGUUUGCCUUAAGGUGGCCGAUGAGCUCCGCGAGCAGUUCUGGGGCGUGUUCUGGGUAGAUGUUAGCAGCGACUCUACCGCGAAAUCAGGGCUAGUCGCCAUCGCAAAAUUGUUAGGAUCAAAUGGAACAGAAGUUGAUGAUGCUCGACGUCAACUUUCCAACGUCGACCCUAAGCAUCCCUGGCUUUUGAUCUUGGAUAACGCCGACAAUCCAAAAGUCGACUACCAACAAUAUUUCCCCACCGGCACUCGAGGCGCGGUUCUAAUAACGUCCCGGAACCCUGAGUGCCAAAACUACGCGCCAGACGGCUACGAGGACCUUGGCAGCCUGGACAAGCAAGACUGUAUUCAUCUCCUCCUACAAGCGGCGAAGCUCGCCUCAGAAUCGCCAACAGUAAAAUCCAACGCCGAGAAUGUACUUGAAAUUCUAGGUUCGCAUACGCUGGCCAUACUACAGGCUGGUGCGUACAUCGCCCAGGGGGCAUGUACAUUAAGUGAAUAUCCCGGCGUAUUCCAAACACAAAAAGAACGACUUCUCAGGUUCAAUUUAACGCAGGACCAAUCGAGGUACCACAACAUCUAUGCAACAUUGGAAGCGUCGGCCGAGCUCUUGGGCACGCUACAAUCGGAGUGUGCUCAAGAUUCGUUGUGUCUUCUCCAAGUAUUAUCGCCGCUACACUACGAAAAAAUACCUCUAGAUCUCUUUAAAGGCUCAUGGACCGGCGCACAGAACGUUCAAAAAUAUCCUGGUGAUAAGAUCAGUGAUCUAACUAAUGAACACGUGUCCCAACUUCCAGACUUCCUUGAACCUCAUAGUCAUACUUGGGAUGCGUUUCGUAUGUCGGAGGCUGUGAACCUGCUCGAAUCUCUUGCUCUAAUUAGAAAGAGCAACACUGAUGGAAAGUUGACGGUAUCUAUGCAUCCACUCAUCCACAGCUGGAUAAAUCUCCGUCAGGACGCGAUCCAGAGAGACGAAUCCCUAUUCAAGAGCCAGUGCAUCAUCGCGCUUUCCCGAUACUAUCAGCCUUAUUGGGAGCCAUAUCAAUAUCACAUAGGACUUCACAUAUUAUCAGUACUUCAACGGAGCUCACUCACCCACGGAGGAUUGCGCGAUUCAUUAUUACCAGUAUAUGUCCGAAUUGGCCAGCUACUAGAUGAAUUACGAUAUGACCAAAAGCUGGAAGAACUUCUCCAAUAUCUUUUUUCCGAACUACGUAUCGAUGACGACAAUAUGAGUGAGAGGUUCCUACCCAUUUUUGAUUUAAGCGCGAGGAACGCACGUACGCGGGGAAAUAUAAAGCGUUCGGUUAAAUUAUUCGAGCAGAUAGUCCGGAUUGGAAGGACGAUGUAUGAUGAGACGCAUCCCGCUCGACUUGCUUCGCAACAUGAGCUUGCCUACGCAUAUCUAGAAAACGGGCAAACAAAACAAGCUAUUAAUCUAUUAGAGCAAGUGGUUAAAGUUCGAGAAACAACACUUGAUAAGACGCAUCCCGAUCGACUUGCUUCGCAACAUGAGCUUGCCCACGCAUAUCUAGAAAACGGGCAAACAAAACAAGCUAUUAAUCUAUCAGAGCAAGUGGUCAAAGUUCGAGAAACAACACUUGAUGAGAUGCAUCCCAGUCGACUUGCUUCGCAACAUGGGCUUGCCCACGCAUAUCUAGAAAACGGGCAAACAAAACAAGCUAUUAAUCUAUUAGAGCAAGUGGUCAAAGUUCGAGAAACAACACUUGAUGAGAUGCAUCCCAGUCGACUUGCUUCGCAACAUGAGCUUGCCAGCGCAUAUCUAGAAAACGGGCAGACAGAACAAGCUGUCGAUUUAUUUGAAUACGUAGUCCAGAUCCAAGAAACAACACUUGAUAAGACGCAUCCCGAUCGACUUGCUUCGCAACAUGAGCUUGCCAGGGCAUAUCUACAAAACGGACAAAUAGAACAAGCUAUCGAUCUAUUUCAACACGUAGUCCAGAUCCGAGAAACAACACUUGAUGCGACGCAUCCCCUUCGACUUAUUUCAGAGUGUAGGCUUGCCGAGGCGCGCCUAGCCUAUGCUGAGAUAGAUGGUUCACACCACGCUUCCACUCCAUCUACGUCAGUAGAGUCACCUGUACCCCAAAAAUCACGUCGGUAAAGAAUACGGCUUGUCCUGCGUUCUGGGCUAAGACGCAUCGCGGAGAGCUGCAAUGGUUAAUUAUAGGUAGUUAACUAUUGUGAGUUGCGCAUAAUUUGGAGCUUUCACUUGCUUGUUUUGUGUGGCGAAUAUGGCAUUGGACUGGUUGUUGAAAUAGGCGUAGGUUAUGAGUGUCAGACUUCUUGGUGUUAGGAGGUUAAGUUGCUAGGAGCGGUUAGAGAUCCAUACCUGAUAGUGUCAGCGGAGCUGUGGGUCUAGUAGGACCGGAGUUCGGCCCGUGGGAAACCGUGGGAGGUCCUGGGGAGACCUGUUGAUAGUUAGGUAAUCUUAGAACAAAGUAGACAAAAGGCUUUUCCUGUAUGUAUUUGUAUGGCAGAUGAAGUAGCCACGCUAGCCUAGGUGGUUCAUCGAUAAUAUUUCCGCAAGGCUUAUUUAUUUAGGGGGUGGGGGUGGACGACGUAAGUGGCAAUGGGAAUAUUUCAUCGUAUACACAGUACUGACAGUACAAAUAGGG